AUGGCUGACUACAUCCUCUCCUUCCCACCCUGGUCCGGUAGCACUUUCGUUCCCCGAGGUCCCCAGCACGCCGGGCAUAUCCCGUCCAACCUCGCCCUACCCGCCGGCCACAAGCUUCCAAAGCCCUUCGUCGCUGUCAUCACAGGCGCCAGUCGAGGAAUCGGAGCCGGCAUCGCCAAAGCCUUUGCACAGGCAGGAGCUACUGGACUCUUGUUGACGGCUCGCAAAGCCAAAGAUCUCGAAGCGACGAAGCAGGCCUGUUCGGAGUUGUCGAAAGGCAACGGUAACGACGAGUUGAACGUUGUCUGCCUCGAGGCUGACAACGGAGAAGAAGAAUCUGCGAUCAGAAUUCGAGAGGUUGUAGAGAAGGAAUUCAAGGGUGGAUCUUUGGAUCUCCUGGUGAACAAUGCGGGCAUCAUUGGCACCAAUGCCAGCAUGUUCGCCAAACCCGGUGAAAUCGACACUUCUCAAAUUGAAGGGCCAAACAAAGUGAAUCUCUUGGGAAGAUUCUACAUGACGAAGCACCUUUUGCCCCUUAUUCUCCAUAACCAUCGACCCACAAAGAGCAUCAUAAACGUCAGCAGCAUCGGAUCGCAGGUUUCGGGUCCUCUUGGCUUCUCUCUCACCGCCCUCGCCACAAACCGUCUCUCACAACGUGUAGCAGAGGCCUACUCCGACCAAGGAGUCUUCUCUGCUGCGAUCCAUCCUGGUGCAGUCUGGCCUGAAGUCGUCCCCGAAGGCUUUCCAGAGAGUGCGAAAGAGUGGUCUACGGAGAGUGUAGAUCUCGCAGGGGCGUGGCUGGUUUGGCUCGUUGGGGGAGAAAGAAAGGAGUGGUUGAACGGCAGGUAUCUGGACGUGACAUGGGACGUAGAAGAGUUGGAGAAGAGAAAAUACGAAAUUGUCGAGAGAGAUUUGUUGAAGAUGAGAUUGAUGAUUUGA